AUGGAUCCAGAUAGGUGCCCUGGUAAGAGUUCACAAAUAUAUUUGGAUCAUAAUAUAAAUGAUAAAAGUGGAAAUACUUCUUCCCUCGUUUCAUUUGUGAGUUCUUCACCCGAAGGACAAUCAUGUGAACGUAUUACUCUUCCUUUGCCUAGAGCCCAUCACUUUGCACUUAAGGAUGAAGAAAGUUCUUUUCUUGUCACUGCAAUCUUAGUUUUUAUUAUUAUGCUAAAAUAUAUCAAAGUUGAAUUUAAGCAUAAAAUACUCAGCAGAAAAGUCAUUGGACAUGCUGGGAAUCUAGUGAUAGAAAUUAGAGAAGAGGUUGAUACAUUGGAAUUAAGUUUAAAAGAUAAUUUUGAAAAUCCUAAUCCACCUUCAACGCAAAAUAAAAGAGAUGAAAAUGAAGAUAGAACCUCAAAUAAAGAUAGUAUUUCUUGUAAUGCAAAUGAGACUAAGUUGAGGCAUAACUCAAAAAAAAAAAAAAUUGAUUUAGAUUAA